AUGUCUUCAAGUCGAAGUUUAACAAAUAUUGCUAACAGUUUACAACUGAACGCUCCUCAGCUGUUAUUAGUACGUAAAACAUGGGCACACGCAAGAAGCCAAGGGGCAUUAGAGCCUGCAAUGAGUAUUUUUCGCAACAGUUUCUUCAAAUGUAGUGAAAUUCGAUCACUCAUAAUGAAUGGGCCUAAAAAUGAAGGACAUGAACGAUUAAAGAGUCAUGCGAAAGCAUUUACGGAAAUUAUGGACCAAUUGAUAUGUGGAUUAGAAACGAAAGAAUUAAUAAUGUAUGAGCUACGUGCAGCUGGUCGUAGCCAUAUUUUUUUGCCCCGUGACGCUACUGAUAAUAAAUCAAAAGGAUGUACAUUUCGUCUAGCACAUUUUGAGCAUUUUGCAUCAGCGAUGAUUGAACGAACUCUCGAAUGGGGUGAAAAGAAAGAUCGCAACGAGACAACGCAAACUGCCUGGACAAAAAUUGUUCUCUUUGUUACAGAACAACUUCGAGAAGGUUACCAAGAAGCGAUACGUCAAGAACGACGAGCGAAACAUCAAAACCAUCAUUAA